GGCUGGGCCUUGGCAUCCUUUCAACCUGUCAUCUGAGCCAAAGCCUAGAAAUACUGCCGGAAUAGCCUGACUGGUUCAGCGUGCAAGAGGAAGCAAGCAUGCAGGUGCUCACCAAGCGCUACCCCAAGAACUGCCUGCUGACUGUCAUGGACAGGUACGCGGCCGUGGUACGCAACAUGGAGCAGGUGGUGAUGAUCCCCAGCCUCCUGCAGGAUGUGCAGCUGACUGAGCCUGGGAAGCAGGCUGAGGGCGCUGAUCUCUACACCUACUUCACCAUGCUCAAGACCAUCCGUGUGGAAGUGGACCACGGGCUGCUGCCGAGGCAAGAGUGGCAGGCCAAGGCAGCAGGCCAAGCCGAGGAAGCCGAGGACGAUGAAGCCGUCGACACAGAGGAGGAGAGGAUCUCCAGAGAGCUGGACCUGGAAGCCCAGGUCCAUCUGCACUUCUCCAGCCUCCACCACAUCUUUACCCACCUCACCCUGAAAGCCCAGGAGGUGAUGAGGAAAUACCAAGAAAUAACAGGACAGAUUCUGUAGGCUCAAGCUCUGAGGAAGGAGAGGCAGCCUCUGGGAUGAAGACUCACAGCAGCUGUCAGCCCUGAUAGCACAAAGGUCUCAACCUGUAGCUGGAAGUGCAGGCAACCUGUGGCCCAGGAUGCUCCCUACUUCUCUGAGCUUGUUUGCAGACUCCAGUCACUGGCUAACCUUAGGAUGUUUGUCGCUACUUAGUUCAUUUCCUUCUUGUUAGCAACGUGGGGACCAGUGAUUCAUGAGCAUUGCCUGUCCAGAGUGGUAUCGCAGAAUGAGCAGAAGUGUUAGCACACAACCAGUGUUCACACCCCUCCUUUGGUGUCAUCCUGUGUGCCUUCAAUCACCCACGAGGGCCUAAAUUCCUUCACAUACAAAUUGGGGAGUCUGAAGUCUAUCUUACAAGGUUGUAGAAAUGAAACAAGACAAUAAAAAGAACCUGGCAUGUGAGAA